AACCUGCCAUGCUAAAUCAAUUUUAAUUUUUAAUCUUUUCUGUAGCAUUGGUGAAUUCUUUAUCGAUGGGGAUGAUUUUCUUCUGUUCUCCCAUUGUCAGUGUAUUUACCAACAUAUUUGGUUGUCGACAAGUAGCUGUAGUAGGAGCAGCUGUGGCUUUCGUUGGGCUCCUUUUAAGCUCCUUUGUACGCUCACUUGGACCUCUGUAUUUCACUUACGGAAUCUUGUUUGGCUGUGGCUGCUCAUUUAGCUAUCAACCAUCCCUGGUCAUUUUGGGACAGUAUUUCAAGAAGCGCCUGGGACUGGUGAAUGGCAUUGUUACCGCUGGGAGUAGUUUGUUUACUAUAACACUGCCUUUUGUUUUAGAUGAACUGAUCCGUUCUCUUGGCCUCUAUGGAACUUUUCGAAUCCUAUGCAUUUUUUUAUUUAUUCUCUUCCUGGCUGGCUUUACUUACAAACCUCUUAUGCCUAAUACCAAACAAAGUGAAAAAAGGAAGUUCAAAUUGCCUCCAGCGAAAGAAAUGUGUAAUUUUUCCAUUUUCAAAAUUCUGAGUUAUAGAAUCUGGGCUCUGGGUGUUCCAGCUGCUUUAUUUGGAUACUUCAUACCUUAUGUUCAUCUACUAAACCACGUGAAAGAACGUAUUGGUGAACAUGUUCCAGAUACAACACUUAUACUUUGUCUUGGCAUUACUUCAGGAAUCGGUCGGCUGGUCUUUGGCAGAAUUGCAGAUUAUGUUCCUGGUGCAAAAAAGGUUUAUCUACAGGUGAUAUCCUUUUUGUUAAUUGGCCUGAUGUCUAUGAUGAUCCCGUUAUGCAGAUCCUUUGAAGCUCUUAUUGUUGUCUGCCUUAUCAUGGGCCUUUUUGAUGGAUGCUUCAUUUGUAUCAUGGCACCAAUUGCUUUUGAGUUAGUUGGCGCAUAUCAUGUUUCCGAAGCAAUUGGAUUCCUCUUAGGCUUGAUGUCUAUACCAAUGACAGUUGGCCCACCUAUUGCAGGCAAGUUACGGGAUCACCUGGGCACCUAUGAUGUAGCAUUCUACCUAGCAGGAGUUCCACCUAUUAUUGGAGGAAUUAUAUUAUGUGCUAUUCCAUGGGUGCAUGAAAAGAGGAAACGCAAAGAACAAGCUACACCUGUGAAUGGAGAAACCACAGAAAAAAUGCUGGAACUCAAACCGCUCCCUAUAUCGGACUCAUAUGAGAAACCGAGCAAAGAAUUAGAAUCUGUUAUUUAAUAUUGCUAUGUUUUUCUACCAGAUUGAAUUUAUUUUUAUAAAAUUAGGUAGCUUUCUGUUUAUAAACUGUGUGUACCAUGAUCCUGGUUUUUGGCAAAGCUAUGGCAAGCAGUGUGGAAAUAAUAUCAAGAAAUCUUUUCAGCUGUUUUUGGUUGCCUUUACAAAAUACGUUUCCACUUUUAUAUGACCAAUGUUAUAACUGAAUAUAUGCUAGUGAAUGUGUAGGUUAGAGAUAUAUGAAUGUAUAUGUGGGAGUCAAGAUCUGUCCUGUCUUAUCAGCCUGAUUUCCUCCCAAUACCUUCACUUUUAUAAUCUGUCCAGCAGAGUGAUUCAGCUGGAAUUUUUAAUAGUAUCUAGUGGUUUUAAAACUAUUUCUGCUAAUUUUUAAAAGUUCCAGGCAUGUAGAUUCAGAGUUUUUUAAAUUGCGGCAAUUUUUUUACAAAAUGACACCUGCACUAUAGCGUGCUACCAAGUUGAAUAAUUUACAACGCCUCAUUGUGUGGUUUGCUUUUUGGUGAAGGUUUGGCCUUGUUUGAUUCAGUCCAUGGCAUAUUGCUUCUGAAGGGAAUAUAAGGUCCAGCUUAAUUCAAAUGCAUACCAAUACCUAACAUAACUUACAAUUGGAGCAUUUAGUUUUACAAUAUUGUUAUAUGCAGGAUAAAACAGAAUAUUAUUAUGCAAUACUGACACUUAUUAGUUUUCUGUAAAUUUUCUAUUGCUUAAAAUUUAACAGUUCCAUUCUGUAUUGCUACCUAUCUCAAUAUAGAUAGUACUAUAGUAAAGUUAGGGCUAUUUCAUACUGAAUAAUUCAAUUAAAGGCUUAAUUCAAUUUUUCAUGAAUAUAUGGGAAAGUAUGUGCUGAAACACAUGAAUGUUGUGUCAUUUAGUGCCUAGGAAAUAUAAUUCAAGCUAUAUUGUUAAUAAGCUUGUUUUGUUAAUAAGAUUUUUAAAUUACAGGUAGUCCUUAUCUUAUGGCCAUUACUGGGAUUGCAACUUUUGUUGCUAAGUGAAACAGUUAAUAGAUGAAUCAUGCCCAAUUUUAUGAUCUUUUUGCCAUGAUUGUUAAGUGAGUCACAUGGUCAUUAAGUAAAUCCGGCCUCACCCACUGACUUUGCUGGUUAGAAGUCCCCUAUGAAGGUUGUAAACGAUGAUCACGUGAACCAGGUCACUGUACCUAUCGUAAAUACAUGCCGGUUGGCAAACAUCUCAGUUUUAAUCUCUGUGGGGUUUCUACGAUGGCUGUAAAUGUAAGGACCAGUUUCAAUUCAUUUUUUUCAGUGCCUUUGUAACUUCAAGUAGUUGCUAAACAAAUGGUCAUAAGUCAAGGACUACCUGAACAUAUGUUAAGUACACUGACAUUAAUUUUUCAGUUAUAUUUGCAUGUUUUUAUUAUUGAUUCAGAGUUCAGCAAUUUUACAUGUGAAUUGUUUUCUCUGCUGUUUUAUUUUCAAAUCAAAAGAUAUAUUUAAUAUAGCAUUAAUUAUUCAAGUUUCAGUGGUGCCAUGCAUUUCUCUGGUCCUUCCUGUGCAUAGCAGUUAUUAAAAAUAACAAUCCUAUGGAUGAAGACCAAAUUCUGAUUCUAUCUUGCUCAGGUCCUGUGCUCUGCACCAACAGCAGAAACAAGCAAGAUAGAUACUGAGAAUGAUAUGGCAAUGCCCACAUGGGUUAUCUCUCAGUAUUUUGAAAUU